UCUCUCUCUCUCUCUCUCGCUCUGUCUCUGAAUGCUGCCGUCGCGGUGGCUUUCAGGCGCACGCCUCCUCCCAACAAGCGAGCUAGCGGCCAGGGUGGUUUGCGUGUGUCAGGCACAAAUGCCGCGCGGUUCGCCCUCCCCUCGCCCUAACCAGGGGCUCGAAUGGGGACUCCGAUCAGGGGAGGUCGCCUAACUCGGCUGGUCUGGAGGUCCCCUCUCUGGAGGGUUCGCUAGACCACGGCCCCGGUCAGGCCCCGCCCCCCUCUCCCGCCCCGGUUGGCGUCGUGCCCUCGUGGUGGGUGUUUAAAAGCCGGCCCCGGUGUUGGCAUCCUCCCGCCUGUGCCACACCAACCUGGCCCCGCUCGCAGCUUCCCCCGUUCUGUCUUCCCCGCCUCGCUCGCCCUACACAGCCCCGGGACAUCCACCAUGGGUCUCAGCAACAAGUCACCCGGCCCCAUCUGGUAUGACUACAGCGAUGUCACCCUCGAGGUGAUCUUCGACCUCCUCGCCGGAAAGGGUGAUCCGCCCACUUGCUUGACCACGGCAUCGAAUGAUCCGCCCCCGACCGACAGCCCGACAGCGGACCAGGAGACGGCCCCGGCGUCGCCCAACACCAGCCACCCGAAUGCAGAUGGCGUGGAAGAUGUCGCCCUCGAGAAGGCGGGCUCAAGCGGCCUGCCCCCGGCCGCCCCUAGUACCCGGUCGUCCGCCCUCGGGGACUUCCUGGAGGACAUUCUAUUUGACCGGUCCAAGCCGAAGACCGCCCUGCCGAUCGGCGCCUCGCCGGGCGAGGGGUCGUCUGACCCGCCGCCGGCGCCCGAGCGGAAGAAGAAUUUCCAGGAUCUCGAGGCUGGCAACACUCAGUGGGUGAAGGUCCUCAAGGAGAAGGGGUCCGAGUACUUCCUCAUCCGUGGCGAUCAGAAGCCCAAUUUCCUGUGGAUUGGCUGCUGUGACAGCCGGACUCCGGCCAUCCUCAUUACCAAGCAGCAGCUUGGGCAGAUCUUCGAAAUGCGCUCGAUUGCCAAUGUCUUCCAAAGCAGCUGCAUGAGCUCCAUGUCGGCCCUCGAGUAUGCGGUCAAUGCCCUGCAGGUGGAAAACAUUGUGGUGUGCUGCCACUCCAAUUGCGGGGGCAUUCGCGCGGCCCUGAAGAAGGAUGGCCCGCCUCUUGGCGGGGUCUUGGACUUCUACCUUGAGCCCCUUCGUGCCCAGCUGUACAGCGACAAGCAUGUGCUGGCGGCUGUUGAAGCGUCGGAAAAAGCCCCCGAGUCCAUUAAGCACGACUCGGAGGGCAUCGCCGAGGCCACGGCCGUCAUCUCCAAUGUCCUGGAGCAGGCCAAGAGCCUGGCUCGAAGUGUCACCGUCAAGAACGCCUGGAAGGACCCCACUCGCGAGCUCAACAUCCACUGCGUCAUGUACAACCUCUCCACCGGCAAGAUGGUGGUCUCGAAAGAUGUCCUGCGGAAUCCCAACUGCCCGAAGGCCUGAGGAGAGGGGCGCGGGCGGAGACGGAGGAGGGCAAGCCGGGGGGCCGAGCACCUUCCGGGGCCGGUCUCCGGCGCUACAACUCUCCCUUCAGCGAAAGGGCCGGCGCCGGGCAGGGCGGGGCGGGGGAAGGGCCGCAAGCGGCCGCGCGUGCGACCGCACACACGCACCUAUGCGGCCAUCAUGGGGGAAGAUGCCUGCCCCCCUCUCCCUGCCUUCGGCGGGCGGCCAGCGAGGCCUGGCGCGGUAGAGGGGGGACAGUCUUGCCCCCACAAUCACCGUGCUGGAGCUCCAUUCUACGACUUCAGAUGAUCAAUAAACCGCCCCCCGAACGCGGA